AUGGAUCCCAUGGCACAACGUUUUCGUGAAAAAGUGAAGCUUUACUUGGGAAUCUUCUUCUUCUGUUCAGUUUGGGGAAUAAUCAACAGGUUGGUGCAAUUCUUCCGCGCUGACCAUACACCGAUCGAGUUUGUGUGUGUGAUGGAAAGCAUUUUUGACCCGCUGCAACCACUGUUAAAUGCGGUGGCAUAUGGCACGAACAAGCAGUCGUUGGAAGCGUACAAAGAUCGGUUUUGUCCAAAGUGGAUGUACUCGUCGUUGCCGUCUUCUGACGAAGAAGAAUCCUCAGGAAUAGAUGACUCCCCGUUGCUCUCUCGUACCAGCGAUAUAGUGGCAAAUUCUGCCUUGGACCCUCUCGAUCGUGAGUUUGGCCACUACUUUGACCAACGUGGACCUCGCAGUAAGUCACACCACCAGCAUCGACCGAAAGUAUGA